GCCAGAAAGGAAAAAAGAAUAAAAAAAAUAAUAGAUACUAUAUACAAUGACAGCUAUCAACUUGGUCAUUAUUAUUCAAUGGCUAAAAUCAUAGGCCUUUGGUAACCGCAAUUGUAGAACAAACCAUUUGUAUUAAACUUUUAAGCAACUUUUCAUCAAACUGCAAUCUUCGCAUAAUUACACAUUUAACUCAUCAUAUUCUGAUGACUGUAAUAACUCUUAAGCAAUUUUGUUGUCAUAUGAAACUCGGCGAAGCAGAUUAAAUAUUCGUUAUUUCAUUUGCUCUUUAUUUACAACGACGAUAAGAUGAAUUUAUUUCAAUUUUUGCCUCUAAUAUGUGGCACGUUUCGGCAAUUUAUUUGAUUAUAGGCAUUUUCAAAUUGAAAAAUAUAGAAAAUGGCAUUAUUCUGUAUUGCAACAAUAAUUACAAUGUCGUAUCAAAUCAGAAAGUUUUAAACUAUAACAAUAUCAAAGUAUCGACUCUCAAAUUGGAUAUGAGUUUUACGCAUACUGGAUUUAGUAAAAUUGGAGUAAUUUUAGACACAUCGUGUGAAUUUUGGAGUACAAGUUUGGGUUUUAUUGACGAAUCAUAUUUUGGGAGUUCAUACAUAUGGUUGAUUAGAACUGAUGAUCUCGCUUCCACAGUAGCCACUUUAUCAAAGUUUCCAAUAGAGAUCAACUCUGACGUAAUUCUUAUCACUAGAAGCGGUGAAAAAUAUAUGUUUGAAUUGCACGAAGUUUAUAACAAAGGGUUUUAUACAAAAGGUUCUUUUGUGGUGAACCAUGUAGGGCACUGGGAUUCGAAAUUGUAUUUGAAGAAGAAGAAAAGGUAUGACCUGAUGGGUGUGGUUUUGAAAUGCGUUGUUGUGGUGGUCGAUCCUAUCAUAAACCAAACAUUUGAACACUACUUAGAACAAACCAGACCGGAGGAUUCGAUAGUGGACUCACUGCAUAAGCUGAAAUUCUUUACGUUGGUGAAAUAUCUGGCGAACAUAUUCAAUUUUAGCUAUGAACUAAGAAGAACGAACUCGUGGGGUUACUUACGAAAUGGCAGUUUUGAUGGCAUGGUGGGCUCCCUCCAGCGACGCGAAGCUGAUAUCGGCGGCACACCUAUAUUCUACAGAUCGGACAGGGCCAAGUUUAUAGAUUAUAUUACCCCAACAUGGCAAUCUAGGCCAUGUUUCAUUCUACGCCAUCCAAAGUACCCCGGUGGCUUCUCAACGAUAUACACUCGUCCGCUGACAGAUAUAGUGUGGUACUGCAUCAUAGGUAUCCUGGCUGCGAUUGGAGUUACGCUAGGUGUUAUGCUAAAGCUCAAAAUUUUGAGAGAACCUGGCGAUGAUGGGGACUCCUCGACCUCCAUGGCGUUUAUUUUUAUUUUUAGUGCGGUUAGCCAGCAAGGUUCUACGCUUGACAGAGGUUCGUUGGCAAUGAAAAUCAUUAUAUUCAUGACCUUUGUGUUCUCACUGACUUUAUAUCAGUAUUACAACGCGACUGUCGUGUCCACUCUUCUGCGUGAACCACCAAAGAGCAUCAGAAAUCUCAAGGAUCUAUUGAACAGCAACCUAAAGGCCGGAGUGGAGGAUGUGUUGUAUAAUACAGAUUACUUCAAGCGCACAACAGAUCCAGUGGCAUUGGAACUGUACCACCAGAAGAUAGCCACAAGUCGCCAUUACAACUUCUUCACGCCGGAGCAAGGAAUGUCGCUGGUCAAAGCCGGCGGAUUCGCGUUCCACGUAGACAGCGUUACAGCUUACCGGAUCAUGAAGAGGACUUUCAGCGAGCGGGAGAUAUGUGACGCUCAUGAGAUACAGCUGUAUCCUCCGCAAACCAUGGCGGCAGCUUUGACGAAACACUCGCCUUACAGGGAACAUGUUGCUGUUGGGAUUCGCAAGAUUUACGAAGCAGGAUUGAUGCAUAGACUAAAGUCUAUAUGGGACGAGCCGAAACCACCAUGCGUUCAUACUCCCGACACCAGCAUCUUCAACGUGACGCUGAGGGAGUUUUCAAGUGCUCUCAUCCUACUGGCUUUUGGUAUUGCACUAGCAAUUGUUAUUCUGAUGGGAGAGAUAGCCUUUUACAAGUACAAAGAAGUACCUAUUGAAUUCAGACAUUAAUGAUCACGAUACACUAAUCAUGUUCACUCGUAUCUUUUAUUCACACCGUUUCAUUAGGUACUUACUAGAAGCGUCGCGUUGGGAAGUUGUAUUAUGUUAUAGUACAACGAAAUGUUACUGUUUGAAUAUGAUAAAUUGUUAUUGUAUUGUGUAGGUCAUUAAUGUAUAGUAGGAAUAAAUACAGGUUCCUCACCCUUCUCCC